UAGCAAUUACGCAGCGUAAAAAGGAAAAACAAAAACAACUCAGACUGUAAAGAAAAGCUCUGAAAGCUUGUAGCCUAAUAAAAAGUGGUUGAGAGUGCUGAGCGGUAGCUUAAAAAGUGCAAAUAAAAGCGUGCAAUCGUUUACAGUUAUUAAGCGAUUUUUGUUGUCGCCUUUGUUUACGCGUUCAAAUUUGGGCGAAGCAAACAGGAAAAUUAAAAAAAAAUAAACUAAAAAUUUUUAAAUAAAAAACAACAACAAUAACAAUUAAACGAUAUUCACACACUCACACAACUAAAACGCCUCAUCCAAGUGCGGCAACCGUUCUCGGCCUUAAAUGUUCAUCAAAAAUAAUACGCUUUUGAAUAGCAGCAGCGGUGUUGGCGUUGGCAACGGUAGCAGUAGCGGUAACGGUAGUGGUAGUGAUCGACUUGGUAUCGACAGCAUCGUAGGUGUUGGCGGCGGUGUUGGUGGUGGUGGUGAGAGUGUUGGCGCCAGCAGCGUGGCAGGUAGCAUCAGCAUAGCGAGUAGCAGCAGCGUCGGCGGAAGCAGCAACAGUAUCGGCAUCGGUGGCGGAGGCGGCGGCGGCGGUGGAAGCGCAGAGUUGCUCUACCCAAGCAGUAGCAGCAGCAGUAGUAGUUCAAGCGCCAGCGGUCAGGCUAGCAGCGCUUGCAGUCACAGCGGCAGCAGCAGUAGCGUUAGCACAGGCAGCGCAGCGCCCUUAAAUCCGACGCGACGCUGUGCCACACAGACUGACAACAACAAUAGCGUCAGCGGCAAACGCGGCCUCAAUUUGAGCUUACUACACAAUCACAGUUCGAGCAACAGCAGCGGCAGCAACAGCAGCAGCGGCAGCAAUAACAACAACAACAAUAACACCAACAGCAGCCACAAUCACAACGGCAGCGGCGGCGGCAGCGGCAGCGUUGGCGGUGGCCUUGGCUUGUUAGUUGGUCACAGUGUUGGUGGCAUAGUCGGCAGUGGUCGACGCUUAAUCGGCGGUCUAGGUGGCAGCAUUUGGCGCUCAGCCACUUCGACUACAUCAUCCUCCUCGUCAUCAGCAGCGGCGGCCACUACUGCAGCAGCUGCGCCUGCGGCAAAUACGCACGCCACACAAACAAUCGCUAACGUUACGGCGUCUGGCUCGGCGUCCGCGUCUGCCUCCUCGAACUCGACAUCGGCUUCAUCGCCGACCGCCUCGUACGCCAAUUCCACAGCCAGCAGCAGCGCUGUGGCAUUGACCAUCGCUGACGGAAGCGCAAAUAAUUACUUUCGCAGCGGCAGCGCACCGGCGGCAGUGGCAGCGGCAGCAACAGCAGCAGCGAUCGUCUAUAGCGGCGCCGCCAAUAGCCGGCACUUUCUGCGCGGCCAUAAAAAAACUUUUUUAUUUCACACGGUUAACAACAAAACAGCAACAACGGGUAACAGCGUGAGUGCAGUUGCUGGCGAGAGCAGCGCCAUCAUCAAAAUGGACGAGGAGGACUCCAUGGAUGAGGAAGUGCCCCAGACAUUCCUCAGCUCUUCGGAUGCGGAUGACGAACCAAUAAAACAACUGCCAAAGGAAAUUCUUUUACGUAUUUUCUCCUAUUUGGAUGUGGUGUCUUUAUGCAGAUGUGCACAAGUCUGCAAAUAUUGGAAUGUGUUGGCCUUGGAUGGAUCAAGUUGGCAGAAAAUCAAUUUGUUUGAUUUUCAACGUGACAUCGAGGGUCCAGUUAUUGAAAAUAUAUCCCAACGAUGUGGUGGCUUUUUGAAAUUCCUGUCAUUGCGCGGCUGUCAAUCAGUUGUUGAUAAAUCAAUAAGAACAUUAGCAUUUCACUGCCCCAACAUAGAAAACUUGGACUUAUCCGAAUGCAAGAAGAUCACCGAUAUAUCGACACAGUCAAUAAGCAAAAACUGUGUACGAUUAGCAGCAAUCAAUUUGCAAUCGUGCUCUAAUAUAACCGAUGAUAGUUUAAAAUAUAUAUCGGAUGGUUGUCCGAACUUACUUGAAAUCAACAUUUCAUGGUGUCAUUUAAUCUCAGAGAAUGGCGUUGAGGCCUUGGCGCGCGGCUGCAAAAAGCUGCGCAAAUUCUGCAGCAAAGGUUGUAAACAAGUCAAUGACAAUGCCAUCACCUGCCUGGCUAAAUUCUGUCACGACCUAAUGGUGCUCAAUUUACACAGCUGUGAGACAGUCACCGAUGCCUCGAUACGACAGAUCGCCGCCAACUGUCCUAAAUUACAAAAGCUUUGCGUUUCGAAAUGCGUCGAACUCUCCGAUCUCUCGCUAAUGGCUCUCUCACAGAAUAAUCCAUUGCUGAAUACGCUUGAAGCAUCUGGCUGUCGUAAUUUCACCGAUAUCGGUUUCCAGGCCUUGGGCAAGAAUUGCAAAUACUUGGAACGUAUGGACUUGGAGGAGUGCAAUCAGAUAACCGAUUUAACGUUGGCGCAUUUGGCAACCGGUUGUCCCAGUUUAGAGAAACUGACUUUGUCGCAUUGUGAGCUUAUCACUGACGAUGGAAUACGUCAGCUGGCGGCUGGUAGUUGUGCAGCUGAGAGUUUAUCCGUCCUCGAAUUGGAUAAUUGUCCAUUAAUCACCGAUCGUACAUUAGAGCAUUUAGUAUCUUGUCACAAUUUACAAAGAAUCGAGCUAUUCGACUGCCAAAUGAUAUCGAGAGCAGCAAUACGAAAAUUAAAGAAUCAUCUACCAAAUAUUAAGGUACACGCCUAUUUCGCACCAGUUACACCGCCACCAGUUACCACUGGACAUCGCCCACGGUAUUGUCGCUGUUGUGAGAUUCUCUGAGAUUCGGCCAUCGGCUUCGCCAGGAAAUUCUUGUGCAAGGGCCCUACUGACUGAUGUUUGUAUAUAUUUACUAGUACAUUUCUAAUUGUUUUGACGAUCAUUAUGACAUCGCUAACACUCAUGUAUCUCUUCUCGAUGAUUUACUAUGUUUUUUGAAAAAUAACCAAAAACAACAAAAUGACAACAUGUACAUAUAUGUAUGAAAACGGCAACAACAACAACAAUUAUAAUACUAUAACAACAAACACGAGCAAAAUUGCACGAAAAUUGUAUGUAAAUACAUAACUACUAAUGUGAGAGAAAUUCUUAAGCUCAGACAAAUUUCAAUAUUUUGUGCAGACAAAAAAGGCAAAAGAACGAAUGCUAAAAUAUAUGUAUAUGUAUAUGUGAAAUAAAAACAAAAUUGUAAACAGUAUGUACUAGAAAAAAACGAAGCAAGGCUUGCAAAUAUAUACAUUAUUUGAUUUUAAGAAGUGAUAAGGCACGACAUACACACACACUACACAUACAUAUAUGUAUGUAUAUACAUAUUUACAUAAAUUAGAAGUGACAAAAGAUUUUUUAACGAAAUUCUAAAAUCAAAAUAAAAAAUGCACAAAGCGAAAUUAAACAAAAUCAAGACUAAACGUUUAAAGCGAACCAAAAAAAUCUUAAUAAACACAUGUACAUAUGUAUUUAAUUGAUUGAAAUUCUAGGAAGCACUUAAGUUGACAAGCGAAAACCAGGAAAAAUUAAUGAAAUUAAUUAAAAGGCUUUUUUGCGUAUAACGCUUGGCAAUUACCAUUUUACACACAUACAUACAGCAAUUUUUUCAAUGUUUUUGUGCAGACGAAAAUUCGAGUAUUAGAGCAGAAGCAAUAUGUAGUUGUACAUAUAGAGCGUGCGAAAUCAGUAAUGAGAAGUUAUAGAAGAUACGGCUGGAGUUUGGUGAUGUGGGGAAAUUGUUUUGUGAUUUUAUGCGAUUUUGCCUGUAAUUAUACACAUGCACAUGCAUACUGAGAAUUAUAAUUUGUCUUUUGUUGUUGUUCCUCAAUGUAAAUUUUAAUUUUUCUGUUACAUGUUUUAGUCGAAAGCGAGAUUUUAUAUAUACACACACACAUUUAUAUGUACAUACAUACAUACAUACUAUGCAUACGAUAAUAUUUUAUUUUUUAUACAUACGAAAGUUGCGAAAAUGCACAUACAUACAUACAAACAUAUGGAAAUAAUAUAGUAAUAUAUGAAAACAUAUAUAAAUUUUAACGGCGCUCCUCAUCUUGGAGCAUAAAUAUGUAAAUAACAAAUUAAAAAUCACUUAUAGUACAUGCAGUUGUACAUGCAAACAUACACACAUAUGCCUGUGUACGGCUGUACGGCGUUGCGCCCAUUGCGCUGCAAGUCAAAAACGCUUGCCACUUUGCAGUUAAGCGGGUGCAGCAUCAUCUACAGCUGCGGUCAAAAUAAUAGUAGUGCCCAAGUAGAAUGUUUUCAUUUAAAUACUUUCGUUGCUUUUAUUUUAAGGAACAACCACUCUUAACAAUAAAAUCAUAAAACAAAACUUAGGAAAAAAUUCAUUACAACGUUAUAAAAAAAUUAUUUCAUACGACCUUAUGCAUGUGGACGGUCAAAAAAAUAGUAGUGUGAUUUUAUUUAACAAAAAUAUAUUUCAAUUAGUUCUUCUUUUCAACUGAUUUAAAUUGAAAAUAAUAAGAAAAUUAAUUAUAAAAUAAUUAGUAUUUAGUUGCGUAUCCUUUGUUCGAUAUUACAGCUACACAUCGGCGAUGCAUUGAAUUAACGAGAUGUUCACAUCGUUCCUUUGGUAUCGAUUUCCAUGCCCGCUCCACUGUUUCCCAAAGCUGAUUAU